CAUCAUUAAGCGCGCCGUGUAUGCUGUUUUGGAAAGAGGUAUCGUUAGCUUGACGAUAAAAAAAGGGCCACCUUUUUUUUUUUAAAAAAGGAUGCCUUUACCUCCAGCACUGCUGGCCCGAUUGGCCAAGAGAGGGAUUGUUAAACCAACAGAGCAAGGGGCAGAUGAGGAGAUUAUUGCUGAAGAUUAUGAUGACAACAAUGUAGAUUAUGAAGCCACCAGAGUGGAGAAUCUACCACCAAACUGGUACAAAGUGUUUGAUUCUGCUUGUGGUCUUCCUUAUUACUGGAAUGUCGAGACAGAUAUGGUUGCCUGGUUAUCCCCAAAUGACCCAACUGCAGUAAUAACAAAACCUGCCAAGAAAAUAAGAGUAGAAGGAGGAGAUGAAAAAGGCGAGAAGCAAGUUGAGAAACCAGACAGAGACAGGGACAGAGAACGACACAGAGACCGAGAUCGGGAAAGGGAUCGAGAUCGGGAAAGGGACAGGGAAAGGGACCGGGACAGAGACAGAGAGCGUGAUGAUGGGAGGGACAGAGACAGAAGAAAGCAGAGAAGAGAUGAGGCAGCACCAUACAGUCGAAGCAAAAAAGGUAGAAAAGAUGACGAGAUGGACCCCAUGGAUCCAAGUGCUUACUCUGAUGCUCCAAGGGGGUCGUGGUCAAGUGGGCUGCCUAAACGCAAUGAAGCAAAAACGGGUGCAGACACCACAGCAGCGGGGCCUCUCUUCCAGCAGCGUCCGUACCCGAGUCCAGGAGCUGUUCUUCGGGCUAACGCAGCAAACCAACUACCCAAGGAGUAAAAGCAGAUACCACGAAGACAGCAUCUUAAAACCCACAACUCUACAGUUGGUCUUCAUUAUGCUCACAUGCUAAACAUCAUAGUUUGACAGGCUUUUGUUUCAUUGUGAAAUGUGUACAUGUCAGAAAUGAAAGGCUGAACUUUUUGGACAGCUACUCUAUUCAUACUCCUGCCGUGUAGAGCAUUUGUAAAUAUGUUUUUAUAUGACCCAAAGGUUCACUUCUCAUUGUUACUAGACCUAUCAGUGAACAUGAUAAUAAACUUAAGACUACUGUGAAAAUGA